AUGGAAAAUUCGAAAAUUUUAAUGCCACCCACAAGACUCAAAGCACCCACUCCAAUUCAACAAAACUGCAUCCCCCAAAUUCUUAGUGGACGAGAUUGUAUUGGCGCAGCGAAAACCGGUUCGGGGAAAACAUUUGCAUUUGCUCUUCCUAUUUUACAGAAGUUAAGUGAGGAGCCCGUUAGCCACUUCGCUUUGAUUCUCACUCCAACCCACGAGCUGGCUUACCAAAUUUCGGAACAGUUUGAAGUUGCAGGUCGACCAAUGGGAGUGCGAGUAUGUGUUGUUGCAGGUGGUACAGAUCAAAUGAUUGAAAGUCAAAAGCUUCAAAAUCGUCCUCAUAUUGUUGUUGCAAUGCCUGGCCGUUUAGCUGAUCACUUGUCUGGAUGUGAUACAUUUUCAUUUGAUAGUAUGAAAUUCUUGGUUGUUGAUGAAGCGGACAGGAUGUUGAACGGAGAUUUUGAUGAGAGCUUGGCAAUUAUCGAAAAGUGUAUACCAAAAGAAAGACAGAAUUUGUUUUUCUCCGCAACGAUGAAGGACUUUAUCAAGGAGUCGAGUAUAUUCCCAAUAUCUGAUAGUGUUUUCGAAUGGUCUGAAGAAUCCGAGGUAGCAACCGUCGAAACAUUGGAUCAGCGUUAUAUCUUGUGCGCCGAUUACGAUCGCGACAUGGUCAUGAUGGAAGCUUUGCGAAAAUACCGAGAAGAGAAUGAGGAUGCCAAUAUUAUGAUAUUUACGAAUACUAAAAAAUACUGCCAACUGCUUUCGAUGACUCUAAACUCAAUUGGAUACGAAAAUGUUUGUCUACAUGGUUUUAUGCGACAAAAAGAACGCGUCACUGCCUUGAAUAAAUUCAAAUCAAAUCAUGUGAGAAUCCUUAUAGCAACUGAUGUGGCUGCUCGUGGUCUAGAUAUUCCUAAUGUCCAACUGGUCAUCAAUCAUCGACUACCUAAAAGUUCCAAAGAAUACAUUCAUCGGGUUGGUCGCACUGCUCGAGCUGGAAGGAAAGGUUUGGCGAUAUCCAUAUUCCGCUUUCCAAGAGAUUUGGAAUUCCUUGGGGAAAUUGAAGCUGCCAUUAACACGAAAUUGACAGAACACAAAAUCGAUCAACGAAUGGUUGAAAGGAUAUUCAUGCAAGUGAACGUUUCGCGACGUGAAUCAGAAAUACAAUUGGACAAUAAAGAUUUCGAUGAGCGAGCUCAAAAUUACAGGAGAAAGAAAUGGAUUAUGGACGGACUCGACCCCGAUGAAAUGGAGGCAAAAUUCGAAAAUCAACAAAAGCAGAAAGCAAAGGAACGGCGCAAGGAAUUAAAACGUAGAAUGGCUGAACGUGAAGCGCAAGAGCAAACAAUGAUGAACGAUGAACGCUUCCAAACAGUUGAUCCAAACAGCUUUAUCAAGAAGAAAAAACCUAAAGUUGAUAAGUUAAGUGAAAGCGACAAUAAAAAAAUCAACAAAAAAGAGUCGCACAAAUCAAUUAAAACUCACACUAGGCACGAAAAAAGCAAAACAAAAAAUACAUUUAAAUUUAAUCCCACAAAAAGAAAAGGGAUCAAUUGAUGUUAUGUCCAUGAAUUAAUAAUAAAUCAAUUUUUAUGUUCUUAAAGUAC